UUCGUAGGUACUGUAAGCCCAUCACAUUCCUCUCUACCACCCCUUUUUGGCAAUCCCACCACACUCUUAAAUUUCCCUCUCUUCCCCCAUCCAUCCAUCCUUAUCAAACCAAAAUAUGACCACAAACUCUCUAAGGUACCUCCAUCAUCCCCAAUACUCUUCCCUCAAACGCCUCUCCACCUCAGAAUCCAUCCCUCCUCCUCCUUCCUCCCUCUUCAUCAGACCCUCCUCCUCCUCCUCCUCCUCCACUAACAAUCUUUCCUCCACCACCACCUUCUCUCUCUCUUCUACCACCUCUUCCACUUCCUCUACCACCUCCACUUCCCAGCCUAUCUCCUUCGACGCCCUCCAGCACCACCUUUCCACUCAGAACUUCCGCCAGGCUGAUGAAGAGACACGCCGUCUCCUCAUAGUCCUAGCUGGGGAAGCAGCUGAGAAACGUGGCUAUGUCUUCUUCUCUGAGGUCCAGUUCAUCUCUGAAGCCGACCUCAUAGCUAUCGAUGACCUCUGGAAGCAGUACAGCAGCAACAGGUUCGGAUACAGUGUUCAAAAAAGAUUGUGGCAGAAAGUUGACAAGGACUUCACCAAGUUCUUUCUCAAAGUUGGGUGGAUGAAGAAGCUUGACACCGAGGUUGAGCAAUACAACUACAGGGCUUUCCCGAAUGAGUUUAUGUGGGAACUAAAUGAUGAAACACCCGAGGGUCACUUGCCAUUGACAAAUGCUCUAAGGGGAACACAGCUGCUUAACAGUAUUCUUAGCCAUCCAGCUUUUGAGGGUCAGGAGGAUGACGAAGAAGAAGGUGAAGUUGGUGGAGAAGAUGGGGCUGUCAAAGGUUUGAGAGAUGGAGCAAAGCCACUCAGCAACAAAUUUUUCAAACCAGACUAUAGCUUUUGAUCACUUUUUGCCCAAUGUUUUAGCAAAAAACACUGUAAAACUUGAAUUGGAAUUUCAAAAUAAAUUAAUCAAUGUCUGUAAUGAUCAUAGGUGGUAUAUAAUUAUUGCUUCUUUUUACAGGGAUGAAAUUUUGUCU